UCGGUAGGAAGUGUUAUGUCAAAAUAAGUUGUAUAGUUGUAAUUGGUGUUUUUAAUUGGGAUAAACAAAUAUUUCUGAGUAAAAAUGUCGUCAACAGAGCCACCACAGAACAAAACAUGGGAAUUAUCCCUUUACGAGUUGCACCGGACACCUCAAGAAGUGAUAACGGACGCUACCGAAAUCGCGGUGUCCCCGCGAAGCUUGCACAGCGAAUUGAUGUGUCCAAUUUGUUUGGAUAUGCUGAAGAAGACGAUGACGACUAAAGAAUGUCUCCACAGGUUCUGCUCUGAUUGCAUCGUGACCGCUUUGCGAUCAGGCAACAAAGAAUGCCCUACGUGUCGUAAGAAAUUAGUUUCUAAACGUUCUCUGAGACCGGACCCUAACUUCGAUUUAUUGAUAUCGAAGAUAUACCCAAGCAGAGAUGAAUAUGAAGCCCAUCAAGAGCGAGUGUUGGCAAAAUUGAACAUGUCUCACUCGCAAGCGUCUUUAGUAAAUUCAAUAACAGAGGGGAUCAAAUUGCAAUCUCAAAACAGGCCUCAGAGGUCGCGUAAAGCAGGUGCGGAUGAUAACAGCAGUCUGUCUAAUUCUAACGGUGCUUCGGACGCUCAGAACGGGAGUAGUUCGUCGGCCCCUAAAGACGGCACUGCGCCGUCGACGGGUAACCCUACGCCCCCCGGGCAGUCGACGUCCAACCCCCCCUCUGUGAGGAGCACGCCGUCACCGGUGCCCUCCAAUGUUAGCUCCAUUUCAAAAAACACGAGCAUCACUAAAAGAGCCAAGUCGGUCCUGACCUCAGAGCGCAGUGAGGAAAGUGAAUCUAGUGAUGGCAGGACGGAGGGAGAGAACUCCAUGGACACAGAGGGGGAAGGCGAGCCCCUGAACCCCAACGAGAUCGAGCUGGUCUUCAAACCGCACCCCACGGAGAACGGAGACAACCAGCUCAUGAGGGCACUACGGGAUAGCUCUGUCAGAUAUAUCAAAACUACUGCAAAUGCUUCUGUUGACCACCUGAGCAAGUACCUUGCGAUGAGGCUCACACUGGACCUAGACGCGGAGCUCCCCGAAGCAUACCGGCUGCUCAACUUCUGCAUCUAUGUGGCUCCAGCACCCGGGCAGUUUGUGCCACUCGCCGGCUCGCAGACGCUCCGCCAGAUUAAUGAUAAGUUUUGGAAGGUAAACAAACCACUGGAGAUGUAUUACUCGUGGAAGAAGACCUAGAACUCCUAGAAGUGCAGGCAGCUUGAACCUAGAACCUAGUGAUUUAUUUUAAACAGAAAUAUAUGUAUUAAAAAACGAAAUUAUUCGAGAAAUGGACUCUACUAUUAAUGUGAUAAGAUUUUAUUAGUUAUAACUUGUAGAUAAACAGGUGUAAUGUCUUUAGUAAGUGAAAUGAAAAAACUAAUUUAUAUAAUUUGAUGUCAGUCUUAAGAUGUCAGUAAAUUAUGCAUUUACAAUAUUUUAAUAGCUAUUUGUUAUACAAGGGGGCAAAGUUGUAUUUUAACGCCGAGUGUGGAAUUGAAAAACGAGCAAGUGAAAGGAUUCUAUAGUUGAACCACGAGCGAAGCGAG